CCCUCCAACAGGAACAGGAAAUACAGUGGUGAUAAUGGUUGGCUACCCAAAAGGUAUAGAGAUAUUGGAGCCAGUACGAAGAGGGAUUCCAGUAAAAAUGACUAUAGUUGUUGGCACACGACACGUGCAGGAAUAUAUCAGUGGUCAGUCAGUUGUGUUUGUAGCCAUCGCCUUCAUCACCAUGAUGAUUAUAUCGCUUGCUUGGCUCAUAUUUUACUAUAUACAACGUUUCCUGUAUACAGGAUCACAGUUUGGAAACCAGGGACAUAGGAAAGAAACCAAGAAAGCAAUCAGCCAGCUUCAGCUACAUACUGUGAAACGUGGAGAAAAGGGUUUAGAUGUUGAUGUGGAAAACUGUGCUGUGUGCAUUGAGAACUAUAAACUGAAAGACACUGUGCGAAUUCUGCCAUGCAAGCACAUCUUCCACAGAACAUGCAUUGACCCUUGGCUUUUGGACCACCGGACUUGUCCAAUGUGUAAACUAGAUGUUAUCAAAGCUUUGGGAUACUGGGGGGACCCUGAAGAUGUACUUGAAGUUCCGAUACCCGAGUCGAUAAGCGGCAGCGUUUCAGUCGGAAGUCUGAGUAUCGCUUUGCAAGACGAUGACAGAAACGAAGUAAGCGAGUUAUCAGCUUCCUCCACUAACGAGUCUGUAUUGCAAUGCACCAGUUUAAAAGAGGACGCAGGUGAAACCACAGCGUUACUUGAUGUGGAUGUCAGUAAUAACCGGCAUGGAGAACAUCUGUCUAAUGGAAAUUCCCACUGAACUGCUUCAUGGAAGAUAUCUUGAAUAGACUGUUGAAGAACUAUUAUUUUUUAUUUAAUUAGUAUGGACUUCUGUCUAGUUAACGGAAAAAAUAACAAUGUAAAUUAUUUUACCUUUCAAACUUUUCUAGCUGGUGUUCCAAAAGGGCUAAUAACUAAGAAUUUUGUACACAGGAGGAUUUUAUAAAAUCUCCUCUGGAUGUCUCAUCCUAAAAAAAGAUGCAAUAACCCUUUUUCUGUAAGCAUUGUUACAAUGUCAUUGUGUUCCAGAGGGCUGUAACAAAGACGAAGACUAGGCAGUGAAAACAAUGUAGAGUGUCUUAACGGAUAAAUAUUUUGGCUGCACUAUUUACAUUCCGUAUGUACGCAUGGAGAACACUUACAAGACUAUAAAUAUUAAAAUGUUCUGAAAGUUCUGAUCUGUUGUAAUUGGAGAUGGAUAUUUGUAGAAAAGACAUAAUCUAACCUUGAAGGAAUCUAAUAACUUUGUGGAUAUGUUGCAUACCCUUUUUCGUGAUGAAAAAAUUGCUAGUUGCAACUUUCCUUACAAAUACUAAUUUGAUCUUGUAAUGUGUUCUACUCAGAGUGGAUGCUGAGAGAAAAGUAGACUUUUUCCAUCUUGCUAGCUUUUGUACUGAAUUUGGCAGUAAUAGGUUGUGCUGGGUGGUCUUCACGUGCUGAGCAUGUAGACUUAUUUAGGUAUAUGCACACUGGUUACCUCUUUCAAUCUUAAACUCAGUAGACAGAGGUAAAGGGCUAAUUAUGGCUGAAAUAUAUUUAUUAGUCUAUUUAUAAGAAUUUACUUAAUUCCUUCUUAUUCCUGCUCCCAUCCUGUCCCACCUUGUUAUGUAAAAGUUGAAACGGUUUCUUAGGAUCUACAAAGCUUGGUUUUGUUUCUUUCUUUUUCUUUGCAUAGAGAUGCUGGAACUCUUCUCUUGGAUAUUCCACGUUAGGAGUUUUGACUCGGUUUGCCAUUAGCUUUUUUCCUUUCUUUUAGAUUAGCAGUAUUGUGCCUUAUAGUAAAACACUUAGAAACCUGAAGCAUCUGAGAGUAAAUAUAAAACCUGGCAUCUCCCAUUACAACCUCUUAUUCAAAUAUUUCU